AUGAUUUCCGCAUCACCUGUUCCCGUGGGGUCCAGCGUCUUUUUCACUUUGGCCCUCCUUACGAUCUCCGUGCUAGUUCUGUUACUUCUGCGGCGCUUUCUCACUCUCCGCGCGACUCCGGCCUACCUUUCAAUCCCCGUCUUCCUUGCACUCGCGCUUCCGGCCAGUGUAGUUCUUCUGGUCCCCAUUGACCUAGCAUCAAGCUCACGCGAUGGCGGAGGCCCCACGGCUAUCUGGCUACCCGACCGCCUAAUUCUCGUCUCCUGGCGCAUUGCUUACUGGCUAAUCUUUGUGCUGACAUGGGCCAUCCUUCCUUUACUCGGAGAAUACAUUGAUUCGGGUUACCGUGACCCGAAGGGUCGCAUUCAAUACUCCAUUCGUUCCAAUGCGCGGUACCAAUUGAUCGUGCUGUGCUGUGCAACGGUCGGAUUAAUCUACAUUUCGAUCCAGAAUGGCUUUGAAUUCACCUCGAUUAAGACGCUAGUGAUGGCUCUUGCAUAUGUUUGGGGUCUGGUUCUGGCCAUCUAUCUGAUGGGUCACGGACUUGUUUCCAUUCCCCGCACGCUCUUCCGUAACUCCAACGUCAGUGGUCGUCUGCGGAGGAUCCAAGCACAUGCUCCGAAGCUGCACGACCGUUUGAUGGACGCGAUCAAUGACCUGGAAAGCCUGGAAUCGCAAGUCGCCCAACUGCAGCGUCGCAAAACGGGCACCGCUCGUGAUUUUCAAGAGUGGAUUGAUGAAUUGGCAGAGACGUCGAACCCGCCCGAGCUGCGUUCGGGGCUCUUGGAACAGGCGGAUGGGCCCGGCACUAUCCCUGCCGUCAUUACUGAACGUUACCUUGCGGACUUGACCCGUCGUCUUCAGCGCGCUCGGCAUCAAAAGGCUCGCUUCGUCGACGAAUGGGAUCGCUUGGUCCUAUCCGCAGCAGACAUGCAGGCAAUUAUCAAUUCGUCGGCUUCUAAGAAGCUCGAGUUUAUUCACUCCCCCUAUCGAUCAUCUUGGCUCCCGAGCCUUAACUUUCUGAGUCCAUACAUGCGAUACCAUCUCUAUGUGCAUGUUAUUCCAAACGUGCGACUUGGACUAGGCGCGGUUUUCUCGGCGGCGUCCGUGUGCGUUGUCUGGUCGGAGUUGGUCAAGUCCUUGGCGCCUCGGCUAUCCGUCGUGACGCUUUCUGUGGUUUCCUACCACAAGGAACCGGCGCCGGUCGACUUUGGGCGCCAAUUGAUUGCCUCUGCUUGGCUGCUGUACAUGUGCUCGGCAGCAUUGGUGGGUGUCAACGACGCCAAAGUGUGGGGCAACCGUGCUUUGGUCCGCCGAAACACGUACGGGGAGAGUGCCUGUUGGUAUGCGGGGCUAGUGGCCAGACUGACCGUUCCCAUCGCAUACAACUUCUUGACCUUUUUGCCUGCGACCGUCCGGCAAAGCACCACUUUCUACAAGUUCUUGGGCCGGUUCAUUGACCUUACCCCGCUCGGAAAGGGCUUUGAUUACUUUUUCCCGGUCUUCAUUCUGGUUCCUAUCGGUGCCACGCUUUUCAACCUCUACGGUCGCGUCCAGAAUAUCUGCAGCUGGGGUCUUCUGGAAGAGGAUGAUGAUGACCUGGAGAAUAACCCCGGUGGCUACGGGCUAGGCGGAUGGCGAGAGGGACGUGAUCUUAUCGACCGGGAGCUCAACGGCCUCGGCUCUUUGGGACUCUCCCCUCGUGGCGGUCGGUCACCUCGCCCGUCCAGUCGCAUUGACGAUGACACGCCAGCGUUCUCCUCCUCCCGCACCGCACUCCUGGAGAAUUCUAGAACCCCUCGAGCCUCCAGGGGAACACCAGCCACCACUCCUUUAAUGGAGGAUGAGGAUGAAGAUAACUUUUUCCAGUCCUUUGCUCACCGAGUAAGAAACACUUUCGAGACCGCCAGCAAGCCCCAGUGGCUGCAGGGCGACUCCUUCCGUCUCCCCAGAUGGAUGGGCAGCGAAAGCAAUGAGGGCGAUAGCGGGCUGGCGAGGUGGUUUGGUGGUCGACCAGCACCUGGCGGAGUCCGACUCCAGCUGCUCUCGCACAUUUCUCUGUCCUCGCUGGGCGAGACGUGUGCAUCCUACUUAGACCACGUCACCACCAACCUUCCUCCGUCCUUGCACUCUCUCCACCAUCAGCUCGUCGCCACGCUCUCAUCAGCCAAAGACUCGACUCCCCUGCGCCUGCUUACGCCUUUGCCCGAUCUACUAGCGGACCACACAGACGGCGCAUACACCACCCCCGUCGCUUAUACCCUCCUCGUUUGUACAAUUGUCGUUCUCGUCAUGUCCUGGCGCUCUCCGUUCGCCAACUUCUGGCGCCGCGGUUACACCAACGUCGAUAACACUCCCCAAGUCACCGACAACGACUACAGCUACAUCACACAAGAUGAUAUUGUCGACCCACCCGCAAACACGUAUCGCAAUCAAUAUGCAGGGGCAGAAGAUACCGAGCCCGACACUCUUAUUCUGAAACACCGCAAGGAAAAGUACGAUCUGCACUUCCCGGCUUACGCUAUCAACGACGGCGCCCUCAGCGUGGGUCAACUGAGACAGCGGGCAGCGGAGGCGACGCGCACCCCUGAUCCGAAGCGGAUCAAACUCCUCUACAAGGGGAAGUUGUUGGACAACGACUCGCUGCCGUGUCGGUCGGAGGGUCUCAAACAACAGUCGGAAGUGCUGUGUGUGGUCUCCGGAGUGGAGCCCGGGGAGAGCUCACCCAGUGAGUUGUCCGAGGCGGAGGCUGACAGGAACGCGGAUUCCGCCCGUCAGGAGGUAUCUGGUCGCAAGAAGUCAGGCAAGAACAAGAAGCGCAAUGGCAAGAAGAAGAAGGGUGGAAAGCAGGCUGAUGGCUCAAAUACCCUCCCACCUCCUCCCGCCGCCGCCGAACCUCCACGCCCGUCCAACGGAGCCGGCAUGCCGCCCCCGGCGCCCAAUUUGAAGCUGUUCAGCAACCCGCUCGACCAAGUGAACGCACUGUCGUCGUACCUGCAGCGGGAGCUCGUCCCUCUCUGCGAGGAAUACAUCACGAACACACCGGCGGAUGCCAAGUCACGCGAGUUCGAGUAUAAAAAGCUGACCGAGACGAUCCUGGCGCAGGUUCUUUUGAAUGCGGACAACAUCAACCCCGAUGGUGUGCAGGAAAUCCGCGAUGCGCGUCGGGCACUUGUCAAGUCAGCUCAGAACGCGCUCAAUAGCCUGGACCAGGUGAGCAGGUCUUGA